GGUGGUUUUGAUUUUAUAACGCUAACGCUAAUGUUUUCUCUGUCUUCUAUGUCUUUAUUUGGGCCUGUUGUAAGGUUAUCUGUAUUGCGUACUUUCAGACAAGCUGUCUUUUUUUCGUCUAUUUCUACAUUAUUUGAUAAAUACCUUGAAAAGUCGCGAUUGAUAGCCAAAGAUAAACUUAAGAGACGAGGGUUUCCUUCUACUCUAAGCACUACUGCAUCCGGUUUCGAUCUGAGAGACUUACAGUUAUUAAGAGUGACCUUUCAACCAACCCCAUUCAAAAGCAACGUCCUUCCUGAUGUAGAUGACAUUGGCUUUCCGGAGGAAUACAUUCUUCCAAAUAUCAGUGAGAAGGAACUCUUAAACAAAAAAUUUGAAAUCGAAGACUUUAAAGAAAUUUCAGACGAUCAGGUCCAAACAUUCUUAAUUGACCUACACGAAAUUGUCAAGAAUGUACAUUCCGAUGAAGGUAUGGAGGAAGCUGAAACAGAUACAUUAUAUAUCGCAAGCGAAGUUUACAUGACAGCAAAACCUGAAUUCGUUAUUAACAAAAAGAAUAUUUCUAUGAUUGUCAUAGAGGAUAAGCAUAUAAAAAGUAAAAACCUUAUCCCUACAAAAUGUUAUGGUGAGGCGCAAUUGGCCGCAGAAAUGCUUGCAUGUGGGAACGAAAACAUGCUUCGUAUUGCAUCUCAAACUGGUGCAAUUCUGGAUCAAACUAUAUUUGCCGUCAGGGCUGUUUCUACAUAUUUUACAUUCUACAAGACUGUAAUCCCUAAAGGAUACUGGAAGGAACUUGGUUAUGGAUUGCCACGUAAGGGGUCAAUUAUAAUUAAAAGAUGGCCAGAAGAGAUGCAUCCAUCAGGUGGUCUGGAUAUCGCGGAACCAA